AUGUCUCUGGCACAAAUGGAAACUGCUGUUAAGGGAAUAUCUUUUCACAUGUGCGAAAAGACUAUCACACGCCCUCCGAGAAAUACAAGUAUGGUAACCAACAACCAGUUUAAUCAGAAAAAGCUUAGUCUUACUCCCGAAGACAGCAGUAAACGUACAGUCGAAACCAUUUCAAGUGUCUUCAGAACAUUUGCAUUGAGGAGUUCUUCAAGAAAUAUCUUUACCAACAUCAAGCUGUCCACUGUAGAAGCCUUUCUUCGCUGUGGUAACUUUUGCAUGACGGACGGAGAAAUCUACAAAUCUAUCGGCCUCUGCCUGCCUCAUUCAGUCCGCUUUUCAAAAAUCGACGUGAGAUCGGCAAUGGAACAGAUUCUCAUAGAAGGUUCUGUAGCCCGCCAUGGUCUCUACGACAUAAAGUCUGCCAAUGGCACCAUCCUAGGUGUGAUUAAACUCUGGAAUUUGAAUCCAGAAUGCAUCGUUGACUGUUUACGUAUCGCUCUUGUCCAGAUCCAACGCGCAGACGCUCACCUAGGCCAGAUGUGCAAACGGAACAUUCAGUCUGUUUCGAAUUCGGAAGCGCUGCUCUGUCCAACUUUAAUGGAAGAUUUGAUGGCUUACGCGAUCUGUCGACAGAUAGAAUUUGUCGGCAAAGUUUCUUCGUUGACUAUUUGCUUAAACUCGACAAAGGUUAAGACGUCUGAUGCCGACUUGAUUCGAAUUGUCAAGCCUUUUCCACCGGAGAAAUGGACGACGAGCUUUAUUAGUAGCAUUCAUUCUGGAGUCUUAACUAGCCGGUGGGUAAAAAGUGAAGCAAUUUCCCGAGACAAAGUACCCGCUUCUAACCGCGAUCUAUCCGAUCAGGCGGAACUGGACAUCGGUUCAAUUAUCCGCGAAUUUGUUAUCGCUGUCUAA